UGUUUUGCGAUGAACGCACUCGUACAGAGAGUCACCAACAUCAAGGUGACCCCGCGUCUGGACACACACCCCGCUAUGAUCACGGUGCUGGAGAUGGGCGCCGCUCGACACUUCCUGCGCACACAGCAGCUCGCCCGCAGCUCAGAGGAGAGAGCCCAGAUCCUGCAGCCCACACUGGAGAUCAAUGCUGGACAUGAUCUGAUCAAGAAGCUUCAUGCACUGAAGGACUCAAACCCUGAGCUGGCACAGCUUCUCCUCGAGCAGAUAUAUGACAACGCCAUGAUCACCGCUGGUCUGAACGAAGACCCUCGUCCGAUGAUCUCGCGGCUGAAUCAGCUCCUCACUCAAGCUCUGGAGAAGCACUGACACCUGUGCUGGAGUUCAGCCUGACGGACUUGUUUUGCCUUUAUUAGAGCCACGCAUGGAUGCACAAAGGGGGCGUCCCGUGCAUCGGAGGUCAUCAUCGCACACUAAACACAAACAAACGUUGUUUAUAUGAAGACUUGAGAAUCUUUGUGCAGGUGUGACAUUGUCGUUUUAGUGGGAGUUUUGUUUGCAGCGAGAACUGCACUCCUGAAUUUACCUGAAAAGAUGCAAGAGAUACUGGCACAGCAAGAAGAAGAAUCCAGUGAAACAUGCUAAAUAUUGAUAUUUCUUGUACCUUUUUGCUCGAAAAUUAUUCACAUUUCAGUCCAUUGAUUCUGUACUUUAACAGGUUUUCCAUAUGUAAAUUGAAAUUAGCCUGAGGAAAAUAUUAAAUAAAACAAACAUGAAGUGUCUCAAAUG